AUGCCGCUCAGGUUGGAGAUCAAGCGGAAGUUCGCUCAACGGUCGGAGAGGGUCAAGUCGGUGGAUUUGCAUCCCACGGAGCCAUGGAUCCUGUCGAGCCUGUACUCGGGGAGUGUCUGCAUCUGGGAUUAUCAGGCACAGGCAAUGGUGAAAUCAUUUGAAGUUUCAGAACUGCCAGUGAGGUCGGCAAAAUUUAUUUCAAGGAAACAAUGGGUUGUAGCUGGUGCAGACGACAUGUUCAUUCGUGUCUACAACUACAAUACCAUGGACAAAGUUAAAGUUUUUGAGGCUCAUACUGAUUACAUCAGAUGUGUUGCGGUCCAUCCAACUCUACCAUAUGUGCUGUCAUCAUCUGAUGACAUGCUAAUAAAACUGUGGGACUGGGAUAAAGGGUGGAUGUGCACUCAAAUAUUUGAGGGACAUUCACACUAUGUGAUGCAGGUUACUUUCAAUCCAAAGGAUAUUAACACCUUUGCAAGCGCAUCUCUUGACCGCACUACAAAGAUAUGGAGUUUGGGCUCUCCAGAUCCAAACUUCACACUCGAUGGACAUCAAAAGGGUGUCAACUGUGUUGACUACUUCACUGGUGGUGACAGGCCCUAUUUGAUUACUGGUUCUGAUGACUCCACUGCAAAGGUCUGGGAUUACCAGACGAAGAGCUGUGUUCAGACCCUUGAAGGACAUACACAUAAUAUUUCUGCUGUUUGUUUCCAUCCUGAGCUCCCUAUAAUCAUUACUGGAUCCGAAGAUGGUACAGUUCGUAUAUGGCAUUCGACAACUUACAGACUUGAGAACACACUAAACUAUGGCCUUGAGAGAGUCUGGGCUGUUGGAUACAUGAAGGGAUCAAGAAGGAUGGUGAUAGGUUAUGAUGAGGGGACCAUUAUGAUAAAAAUGGGCCGUGAAGUACCCAUAGCAAGUAUGGAUACCAGUGGGAAAAUCAUUUGGGCGAAACAUAAUGAAAUACAAACUGUAAAUAUCAAGACAGUCGGUGCAGGCUUUGAGGCCACAGAUGGAGAAAGAUUACCCUUGGCUGUAAAAGAGUUAGGAAGCUGUGAUUUGUACCCACAGAGCUUGAAGCAUAACCCUAAUGGACGGUUCGUUGUUGUAUGUGGAGAUGGCGAGUACAUAAUUUAUACUGCCCUGGCCUGGAGGAAUAGAUCAUUUGGAACUGCACUGGAAUUUGUUUGGUCAUCAGAAGGAGAAUAUGCAAUUAGGGAAAGUACAUCAAGAAUAAAGACUUACAGUAAAUCGUUUCAGGAGAAGAAAACUAUCCGCCCUUCAUUUUCAGCAGAGCGUAUUUUUGGUGGGGUAUUGUUGGCUAUGUGUUCUAGUGACUUCAUCUGCUUUUAUGACUGGGCUGAUUGUAGACUAAUACGCCGAAUUGAUGUGAAUGUUAAGAACGUUUACUGGGCUGAUAGUGGUGACCUAGUUGCAAUAGCAAGUGAUACAUCAUUCUACAUCCUCAAGUACAAUAGAGAUAUUGUUGCUUCUUAUCUAGAAGGUGGAAAGCCUGUGGACGAAGAAGGUGUCGAAGAUGCUUUUGAGCUGCUUCAUGAGGUCAAUGAGCGAGUGAGAACUGGAAUUUGGGUUGGAGACUGCUUUAUCUAUAACAACUCAUUGUCGCGCCUAAAUUAUUGCGUUGGUGGUGAGGUCACUACUAUGUAUCAUUUGGAUCGCCCUAUGUACCUAUUGGGAUAUCUUGCGAACCAAAGUCGAGUUUAUCUUAUUGACAAGGAGUUUAAUGUCAUUGGGUACACAUUACUUCUGAGUUUGAUUGAGUACAAGACCCUUGUGAUGCGUGGGGAUUUGGAACAUGCAAAUGAAAUUUUAUCGUCCAUACCAAAGGCGCAAUAUAAUAGUGUUGCUCAUUUUUUGGAAUCGAGAGGUAUGUUGGAAGAGGCUCUUGAGAUAGCCACCGAUGCUGACUACAAGUUUGACCUAGCUGUGCAGCUUGGAAAAUUAGAAGUUGCAAAGGCUAUCGCCAUAGAAGCACAAAGUCAAUCUAAAUGGAAGCAGUUGGGCGAACUCGCCAUGUCCACAGGCAAGCUAGAGUUGGCGGAGGAAUGCCUUCUUCAAGCGAAGGAUUUAAGUGGCUUGUUGCUACUGUACUCAUCUCUUGGAGAUGCUGAAGGAAUUGAAAAGCUUGCUUCUUUGGCAACAGAACAUGGAAAAAACAAUGUUGCUUUCCUCUCCCUUUUUAUGCUUGGUAAAGUGGAAGAUUGCAUACAGUUGCUUAUAGACAGUAACCGUAUACCUGAAGCUGCAUUAAUGGCACGAUCAUAUCUUCCUAGCAAAGUACCAGAGAUAGUAGCAACUUGGAGAAACGACCUCAGUAAAAUUAAUCCAAAAGCUGCAGAGUCUCUGGCAGAUCCUUCUGAAUAUCCAAAUUUAUUUGAAGACUGGCAGGUUGCUCUAACUGUAGAAAAAAACAUUGCUUCUCAGAGGGGCCAUUAUCCUCCUGCUGACCAGUACUUGAAUCAUGCUGAGAAGUCAGACAUGACUCUUGUGGAAGCUUUCAAAAGGAUGCAGGUCAUGGAGCAUGAGGAACUUGAAGAUGCAGCUGAGGAAAAUGGAGAACCUGAUCAACUGGCAUUGGAAGAGAAUGAAAUGCAGAACACAGAUGAUUCUGAUGAACCUGAAGAGACAGUUUUUGUAAAUGGGGAUGAGGGUGAGGAACAGCAGGGUACGGACAAUGAAGGAGCUUCGUCUGCUUAG